UGGUCAGAACAGUGUUCAGGCAGGAUCAAGUAAAUACAAACACGAGAUGUCUCCUUCCCCUUCCUUGUGGGGAGCACUGCAGUCCCACAGUGGUGUGAGAGCACCUCACCCCUUGGGGAAGGUGAAGGGUCAGUUCUUAGUCACCAGGCUAUGCUGCCCCACGCCUGUGGCUAAACCACCAGCUGAGAUUCCUGGUCCCCCCCACAGGCAGGAGGCGGAGUUCACACUGGCCCCCAUCAGCAUCCCCUCUAGCAUCCUUUCCAGUGCCCACAGCUCUGCUGACGGCUCUGCGGGGCCGCAAGCUGCCGGGGUCCCCACAGUCCCUGACUACCACUCGGUUCACAACCCUCUCCGGGACUCGCACACUCCGUGACUUACGUGUGGUCCCGGGCCUGGGCGGCUCGAUCUUUGCGUGGUGGCGCAGCUGCGAGUCGUGGGGAGGUCGUGGGGAGUGCGGCGUCUGGCCUGUCCGGUUUUCCCUAUCGGCGACCCUUCACCCCGCAGCCCCAGCGUCCUGCUCAGCUAAGCCCGAGGCUCCGCCCGCUCGGGCCUCCGACCGCGGCCUUGGCCGGGUGCAGUAGCCCCCGCCUCCCGGAGGAGAGGCCUAGGCCCUGGGGGCGGGGCGGGCGGCAAGGCCACACCCCGGCGCCGCGACCCCGACCCAGUGCGGUCAAGAUGGCGCUGGCGGCUGGAGCGCGCGUCUUGUCGCGUGCCCUGCUCUGCCCUUGGGCCUUGCUCCGGGGCGCGACCAUCAGGCGGACGGAGCCGACGGCCGGCAGCGGGGACAGCGCGCGGCGUUUCGGGACCCAGCGGGUGCUGGUGGAGCCGGACGCAGCCGCAGGGGUCGCCGUGAUGAAGUUCAAGAACCCCCCAGUGAACAGCCUCAGCCUAGAGCUGCUGACAGAGUUCAUUAUCAGCCUGGAGAAGCUGGAGAAUGACAAGACCUUCCGAGGCGUCAUCCUGACUUCGGACUGCCCCAGGGUCUUCUCCGCAGGCCUGGACCUGACAGAGAUGUGCGGGAAGAACCCGGCCCACUACGCCGAGUACUGGAAGGCGGUGCAGGAGCUGUGGCUGCGGCUGUACCUAUCCAACCUGGUGCUGAUCGCCGCCAUCAACGGAGCCUGCCCGGCUGGAGGCUGCCUUAUCUCCCUCACCUGCGACUACCGGAUCCUGGCUGACAACCCCAAGUACCUCAUUGGGCUGAACGAGACCCUGCUGGGCAUCGUCGCCCCCUUCUGGUUCAAAGACACCCUUGUGAACACCAUUGGGCAUCGUGCCUCAGAGCAGGCCCUGCAGCUGGGGUUGCUCUUUCUGCCAGCAGAGGCCCUCCAGGUGGGCCUGGUGGACCAGGUGGUGCCUGAGGACCAGGUGCUGAGCACAGCGCUCUCGGUGAUGGCCCGGUGGAUGGCCAUUCCAGAUCACGCUCGACAGCUGACCAAGAACAUGAUGCGAAAGACCACGGUAGAUCGCCUGGUGAAGCAGCGCGACGCGGACAUCCAGAACUUUGUCAGUUUCAUCUCCAGAGACUCCAUCCAGAAGUCCCUGCAGAUGUACUUAGAAAACCUCAAACAAAAGAAAGGCUAAGGGCUGGGCUGCCAUGCAGGGUUUUUAGCCGUUUGCACCCUUCUGGGGGCCCUAUGGUUCCAAGGGAUUUAAAGAAGGUGUUUUCCAAUUUAAACGUACUUUUAGCUCUUUGUUUUGCUCAUCUCCCUAAAAGGCCUGUUCCUUGUAGCCAUAGUCCUAAGGCCUGUUACCACUCACGAGUACCCUUUGUGCCUGGCGGGUGGGCAGAUGGGCACAGCUGGCAAGCAGUGUCUUGAUUUGGGAAUCAUAAAGUGGUAGAUGGCACCCUUCUGGACCUCAGCGAUGUCACUGUUGAGUGUCUCCUCUCCCAGAGCAGAAUAAAGCCCUUGAGUUUCCCAUA